UACACAACUAAUAUUCCUGGCUUCGAUGCCUUGACUGUCGUCGGUCUCUCAUCGACACGAUAGAAAUCGCAACCGCCUCUCGCCCUCCCACUCCCCAUUUCCCUCGAAUUUCGCUGCAGCGACACCCAUUCUCGGCUACGAAGAGUGCCGGGAAACGCAGCAACGAACCUCAUGGAGCGCGAUUCUCAGCUCUGGUCGACUUUCGCAGAACGCCUGUCCUGACCCCGAAGACGGUCGCAAUGACCUGUUUCCCUACUACGAAACCGUCAUGGAAGAUGAUAUCGCCCCCCAGGUGUCCAUGUAUGACCUUGCCGUUCAAAUGGUCGACUACCGACUGACGACUCUGUGUGCAGAACUGUAGAUCGUGUGGAAAAAGAGCUGGCAACCUCCUUGAAACAGAAGGAUCCUCCAUAUCCAGGCCUAGAAACAAAACUGGCCAAGUGAGAGAUACUCUUCUUCCCACCGGGCUUGCACUAAUAUGUGCAGAUUCCGGUCAGUAUGCCAGGAUUGUAUCUUCGCCGACUUCGAAGCAGCGGCGCAGAAGAAAGUUGAACAUCGCCUGUGGGAUGCGCAUUCAAAGGUGAAUAAGACAUUUCGAGGUUGCCUGGCCAAAUUCCGUGACGGAGAUGGCAAAAAGAAGCAUGUUGAGCGCCGAAAGGCUGAAAAGCUCUAUCUUGACUUCAUCAAAUCGAGCAUGCGCUUCUAUCGUGGUUACAUUCAACGCCUUGCUUCGAAUUUCGCCAACGUUCCAGAGGUCUUUGAGGUCGCUCAGAAGUUCCACCUCGAGACGUUCUCUGCGGACACCCCUCAGCAGGUCGAUUUGGCACUGAAGAAGCAGAUUGUUCGAUCGUGCUAUCUGACUCUGAUCCAGCUCGGUGAUUUAUCUCGAUAUAGGGAAACCGAGUUGCAAACCAAAGAACGAAACUGGGGACCAGCAAAAGGAUACUAUGAUCUGGCAAUUGCUCUUGAUCCAACUUCUGGGAUGUCGUACAACCAGCUAGCUGUCAUUGCAUUGACGGAUCAGGAUCAUUUACGAGCGGUCUAUUAUCUCUAUCGAGCGAUCUCCGUCGCAAAUCCCGCUCCCCAGGCCGAGGGAAACAUUCAAAUCGAGUUCAAAAAGGUCAGAACCAAGAUGAUACAGGGCAAGCCAGUCUCAGCGGGUGAAGCCGCCAUCGACUGCAGCAGUGACCUGCAACAUCGUUUCAUCCUCUUCCAUGCUCGCUGCUUCGAGCCGCAUUUCCCAAACCACGAGGAGCAGCAAGCUGAGAUUCUCAGCUUGCUCGCCGAUGACCUUCGAGAGAGGCCAUUCGACACAGUGAUUCGAAAGCUGUGCUUGAUUAACAUCGCUGCCGAAAGGUACGCGGGCAAUCAAGUCGCAGGCUUCGACUCAGACGACUCUAAAGCGUUACGAUCCUACGAAAGACUGCAACAAUUCAACCUAUCCUGUUUCUUUAUGCUCUUGAAACUGCUGCUUGAUGAACUGCAACAGCGUGCCAAAUCAGCAAACUAUACGUCGAGCAGCGCACCCGCCGAACGAUCUCAGAUGAGCCCGGUUAUACGACGUAUUCUACCUCAUUUGGGAGUGUACAGUGGUUGGCUUUUGAGCACUGUGCAGUUUCUCCUUGUCAGUAAAUCUGCCAAGGUUCAAUUGAGCGAGCUCUGGCAAGUCUAUGCCGAAGCUCUCAGUCUCCUUGUUCAGUCAUUUCCUAUCACUACCAUUCCUGAAAUCCCUUACUUGUUAGAUGAGGAUCAGGAUACCGUGGCAUUCACUCCGUUUGAAGCCUUCGUUCGGGAGAAACGUUUCCAGGGCUCUGCCAAACCACCUUACUCAGAGGCAGUUUUUGGUAAGCGGUCGCCUGAGAAGGAGAUGCUCUAUCGAAUCAAAUGUCUGACAAAAGAUGCCCUCCACCUGUGUAACUGUAAGAAGUCGGGCGAUUCUGACUUCGAUACUCUACCUCUGAUCUUCGCUGGCAUGCGCAUUGUGUACACUGGGCAGGGUGGUCUACAUGUUGAAGAUUCUUCAAUGGGCUCUUCCAUGCACGCGAACAGUUCAGUGGGGAGCAUCAGCCGUGACGACAUCGAGCACGCAAAGAGUUCUAUCAAUGCGAUCGGUCGUCGUCGUAAUCAUCAUGAGGGCAUGUCAGAAGCUUCUGCGACCUCGACCAUGGAGAACAUGGUGAACGAUCUCACGGAGCAGGAUGGUACUGAAUUAGUUGGCGUGUACAAGGGGACUUCGACCCCAUCCUUGAAGACACCUGUGGUACAAUCUUUUGCUGAAAGAGGCCUGCAGCCGCAGCCUACUACCAUUACCGCACAUGAUAUCGUUCAAUCCUUUCGACACUCAACCGGCUCUCUGGCAGGACUUCAGGGCCAGAUCGAUGACCAACCUAGUAUUCCGCCAGUCUGGAAUACCCCUUUCACACCGAGGCCUGGAGAGACUGGAUCGUCUCCUCGACCAAGCACGGCGAAGCAAAUUUCUACCGCCGCAAUGCCGUCUCAUGUCAACAGUGCUGCACAAUUCAAUGCUCAGAUAACGCACAUGCAGCAGCAAAUACAGCUGCGCUCAUCACCACUCGAAUCCUUUCAGCCUACUAUGUCAAACCACUACGAUACACCGACUAAUUUGACGUCUUGGAUUCGCCAUAAAGAUCAAUCACAAUCCCCACUGUCACCCUGGCAGGAUUCAGGUCAGGUCUGGGGAACAGUCAUACCGACACGAUCUCCGGAGCCAGCCCCGUUUGGAGCUAUUGGAGAGGCGCGACCAAGAAGCAGCCGAGAGUCCUACGAGUGGUCACGCAGGUUGACUUGAUACCCGACGGCGGGCAAAAACAUUGUGCAACAGAGUAGUCCGAUGCAUAUGGCCACGCGAUUCUUGAAAAAAUCGACGACGAUCAUAUGACCAGGUUCGGAAGUCCCUUCACUUCCGAUUCUUUUCUGUCUAGCUGCGAUGUACUCGUUCAGGAAGCCUGGAGUCUAAAUCUGUUCCUGAUCUAGGCGGCAUUACUUUUUUUCAUCAUGAUGUCGUGGAGGACGUGGUAUCAUGCCCAAGAUACUUGGUCUUGUUGAAAUAGACCGUAUCGUCAACGCUAUAGUGUUACAAGUCAGUGUAGAUGCUGGAUUGCUAUCACCACGCAACUGCACUGUCAUCACGCCUGGAACGUCUGCUUGGGGAACGGGUAUCUGUGGGAUUUGUUAGUCGACCAUUCACGAAUUUCCGCACUUUGAGACUGGCAAUCCGCGCAUUCUCCCGCCUACCAGAAUAAAGCACUGGUAGACGACGGUCUGUGCGGGCGAAGUAGGAAAGACGCAAGGACAGGAAAGCAUGACUUACGAAGGACCCAGUUCCUGCAAACCCAGUCGCGCCAACCACUGUCCCUUCUUGAUACACAUCUCCAGUGAAUCACCCUCGACGACACCAGCACAGAAGCCACCAGCAAAAGCAUCACCGGCACCGUUCGUGUCGUUGAUCAACUUCUCGUCGAUCACGGGGACAGAGUACUCCUUGACAUCGACCUCGUCUUUACUUUGAUCCUUGACUGCCACGAUGGUUGGAUCCGUACCCUGGGUAACGAUGACAACACGUGGGCGUUUGGUGUUCACCUUGGGCUGUUGGGCCAUGAGUUUCGCGCACUCUUGCAUCGAAAUGCCGCUCUUGCCUUGAGACUCGGCCCAGGUUUUGGCCUCGUUCUCGUUGCCGAAGACGAAGUCGCAGUAUGGUAGGAUCUCGGCAAGAGGUUCCUUGAAGAAUUGCGGGAUAAAACCCGCGGACAGGCUCAGCAUGAAGAUCUUGUUCGUUUCGGCGGCGUGUUUGGCCACGGCCAUGGCCGCGGGUGGGCAGACGGUCAGAUGGUAGCCGCCGACGUAGAAGAUGUCAGUGGAUUCGACCAUGGACCAGAUUUGGGGUUGUUGCAGGUGCGAGAUCUUGUAGUUGUUGGCCGCGGCAAGGUGUGUGCACAUUGUGCGGUGGUGACCUGUGAUAACAACGCCGCAUUUUCCGGUGGGAGUGGAGGGGUCGAUCAUGUAUUCGACGUGGAGACCUGGAGGGAGCGAAAUCAGGGCAGCGUUAGUUUUGCUUCUGGCAUAGAAAUUGGACUAUCCAGCGUCAUAGCGAGACCAUAGGGGAAGAGGAGGGUAGGUGGAGAGGACAGAAACGGAACAAAGGACGCACCCUGCUCAGCACAUUUCUCUCUGAGGAUUUUGG